AUGUUGAAUUCUGAUGUUUCAUCAAUUGUCUAUCGUUAUGUGACAAAACACGAAGAAAAUCAAGCAUUAGAAAUCUGGUGUUCGAUUUUCAACAAUCCAGUUGAUUUAGAAGAACGUUAUAUUUCAUCAAGUGCAUCACCGUAUUACAAACAAGGUGAUACUUUAGGUGCUUGGCUCAACGAUGAAUUACUGAGCACAGUACAUAUUCGACGUUUGAUUUUAGAAUCUAAUGAAGAUGGUCGACAAUACGUAUGUGCAGGUAUCACCAAUGUCGCUACUCGAGAUGAAUAUCGACGACGAGUAUCAGAUCUUUCCUAUGAAGACAAAGGUUAUGUAAUUAUCGGUAAUCCUGAAAAUGAAGAAGAUGUUGGUGUAGUAGAAUGGCGAACAUCGAAUUUCGAUCACGAGCAAAAACUUCUAUCUUUAGCGGCCAACAAAAUUCAACAACGUUAUGGAUUGACAAAACGGAUUCAGUUGUUUACGUUGCCACAAUAUAUGACAAUUGAGCAAUUGACUAACUGGGCUGGCCCAGUUCAAAUUGGAACUAAUUACGAUAUAAUGAUGCGAAAUAUUCGAUUACCACCCGAAAUUUAUGAACAGAUUAAAACUUCUUUUUCGAAUGGUCAUGCUGUGUUCUGGUCAGGAGAUUAUUUUUAA